AUGCGUUCUACUUGGAUCGCAAAAACCAUCAUCGUCGCCCAUAUGACCUUCCAUGAAACCAGAGACCGACUGAUCGCAUACCUCACGGAUGCUUUCCAAACCAAGUAUGGUCGACGUCAGAUCCCAUUUCGACCAAUAGCAUUGCCAAGAAACGAACUCCAAGACAAACUCCAAGCGAUCGAAAUCCGCGUUAAAGCGGUCGCUUCUACUAUCAUCCUCGCCAAACGCGUGGUCAAACCCGGCUUGCCAAAAAUGGAGCCAACUCCGGCUAGAAAAGGGACCAGACAACGAAUGCGAAAAAUCCAACGUAACAGACGAAAGUGGUCGGCAUCGAGCACCAAAUCCAAUGAGGCUUAA